AUGGCUAAGAUCCAUGAGGAGUUGAAUACUCUAGAAAAUAAAAACGUCAUUGAGCGUUGCUCACACGUCAAUGGACUGAAUACGAUCAGCAAGAAGCUUGGCCUACGACUGCUUGCACCUCGGAAGAAGAUCAACGUUCUCCUGAUUGGCAAUCACUCAGCGGGAAAGAGCUCCUUUAUCAACUGGUAUGUUGAAGAACAUGUUCAGAGGACGGGAGUGGCUAUUGAGACCCAGGGUUUCUCCUUCAUUACCAGUGGACGGAAACGGGAGUCACUCACGGGAAAUGCCACGCUUCACCUGUACCCCCACUUCAAAGAGCUGGCCAAACUCGAAGGAGUGGUUGAAUACCUGAACACCGAGGUGAUCACGUCCAAGCAGAAGAAGUUCAGUCUGGUGACCUUUGUGGACACCCCUGGUCUGGUGGACGGUGACAUGAAGUACCCCUUCGAUGUGGAGCAGGCUAUCCUGUGGCUAGGUGACCUCGCUGACCUGAUCUUUGUCUUCUUUGACCCUAUCGGUCAGGCCUUGUGCAAGCGCACCAUGAACCUGGUGGAGAAGCUCAAUGAGAAGCAUGCUGACCGGGUCAAGUUCUACCUCACUAAGGCUGAUGAGGCUGGACAUGAGAGUGACCGACAGCGUGUUCUGAUGCAGAUUGUCCAGGAGCUGUGUAAGAGACCAGGUUUGAACCGUGCUGGCUUCAACAUGCCCACCAUCUUCAUCCCAACUAUGUCAUCAGGAAAGAAUCGUUGUGUGAACCAGAUAGAGGAGGUGUGUAAGGAUGUAGAGAAGACGAUCAAACAUACCGUUCAGAACACGCUCAACACACUGGAGAAGGACUGUGAACACAUCGCUAAACUCAUUGAUGACAAGUUGGAAGACGACAGGCAAGCGAAUUCCUACAACCUUUGGGCCAGGGGUAAAUCACUCAUCUUCUACGCUUUGGGAUUGUUGCUUCCUUUCCUUCUCUUCAUCAACUUCUUGGCCAGUACAGUAUCUGAUGAGUUCACAGCAGGAGUGCUAGGAAAGGAGGGAGCUGACAUGCUCAAAUCAUACUUGAGUCCUAUAGGAGGUAUCUGGCAGACCAUACCGGUUGAAAACCAUCUCCAUGCGAUGAUAGGCAUUGCUGUUAUAUGCUUCCUGCUCCUUCUCUUUGCUAAGCUCUCUACAAGAUUAAAGCCUACGUUGACUAGGAAGGAGAAGAGGUAUUUCAGUGAACAGAGGGAUUAUGUACAGAAUCAUGUCAAGACAGCAAAGGAAAAGCUGUACACAGAAUAUCUGAACCAGUGUGUAGCCAUCUCUGACCUCAGCUGAAGCAAGCUUGUGACUAGACCAUCAUCAUCAUUGUCGUAGCAGAGUACUAAUCAUUUCUACUGCGUGAUAUAAUCGCACCAUGAUAUUACAAUCAUGCCAUGUUUUUCUAGGGAAACUCUAGCAAAAUUGCCUCGUAAGUUAUAUGGAAUUGGACAGUAAGGUGAAAAGCCAAGAAGAAAUUAUUUAAAUGUUUUUAAAAAACUGAUAGUAACAAUAAUGUAAGUGAUACAGAAGACAACACAAGCUGAAACAAUGAGGAAAUUAUGUAAUAGAAAUAAUAGAUAGUAUAGGCAAGGUUCUGUAAAAUCGGGUUAGAGGGGUCAUAAGGCUAACAUGAUUUGUAUCAUCACACUACAUUGCUUUCAUGAAUUGUAUUCCUUUCUGUAUCUUCCCCUGGUUAUUAGUUACAAAGCACAUAAUAAGAAUAUAAUUUAGUCAACUGCUGAUGGCGUCAUUGUAUAACGGAAACCCAUAUUUUCCACUUGCCAGUAUUAUUGGUGUAAUAAUGUUGAGAAAUGUAGAAAAUUAAUUGAAUUCGCAGUAUGUGUAAGCAGAAAAAAGAAGUACUUCUAAAACUUAAUUUGCGAAGAUAUGCUGCAUAUGAUAUUUAUUUUCUAUCACAGCUUCCGUUGUUCUCAAAAGAUUCAUAAGCUAGGACUAUUACUAAGGUAGUUGAUUUUCAAUCUUUUUGUUUUUGUUUCCAAGAUUUAAAAAAUAAAAACUAUAAUAUGGGGAAGUCCCAUUUUUUAUUGAUAAUGGUUUGAAGAAGCCGACAGAUGUAUAGAAGAAUAUGUUUUAAAAUGCUAAUAUUUUGUAACCAUGGUAUUAAA